UGUAAUUUAACAACUCUGUAGAUUGCUAGCUACUGUAAACAAGGAUUACAAAGCUCACAAACUUCAUUUGACCGCUGACAACCCUGUAAAACCUUAGCUAACAUUUAUAUCAACUCAAAGUUGGAAUUCUAUACUAUUUAAUUGUCUAUUUUCCUUAAUUUUUUUAUGGCAUGCGUUUGAAGUGUAUGUAGUUGAAUGCACUGUAUAUGUGACAGCCUGAUUGUCAUUGGGGCAAACGUGUCUUUCUAUGAAUUUAACUAAACUGAAUUUAACUGCAUAUGAGUUAAUAAUCAACCUAACCCUAACCCGGCACCCCCCAAACCAUACCACUGAUAUCAUCCUAUGCCCUGUCCUCCUCCUAGGAGACCUAUCAAGCAAACGUAAGUUCCUUUAUAUGUAUCUAAUACAGUUAUGCUGUCACUUGUCACUGCACUCAUCAGUCAUGAUAAUAGUUUUUUUUCUUGCCUCCUAAAAUGGAAAAUCCAAUGUUCCGGUUCACGCCCUCACAGGAGUUGGUCCUCAAGGCCUCACCCCAGGCAGUGAAAGUGGCCGCUGACGGCCCCCCUGCUUUGGGUGCUCAGGGCCCUCCUGUGAGGGCUAAGAAGUGGGAGGAAGUGGAGGCAGAGGCUGGAGCCCGCGUCGUCUCCGAGGGAGAUGACCCCGGUGCAGAGAUGGUCGUCCUGAGCCGGUGCACGGUUCAGUUCGGCAAGUACCGGGGUCAGACCUUCAAGUACCGGGGUCAGACCUUCAAGUGGAUGAUGGAGAACGACGUGGGCUACAUGGUGCACGUGAUAACAGUGCAUCAGAAGGAGAGGGCGCGAGAGCGCAGUGUUUCCCAGCAUCCCCUGAUGGCCAACAAGGACGCCUUGACUCGCUACUCGUGCGCCUAUCCGGCCUUCGAUGAGAUGGUCAGGUUCAACCGGGCACACGAGGAAGCUAAAGUCCUGUCCUCCCAGCCAGGCCAGGAGGGCAAGGCCCUUGUUGGCAUCGGGAAGUACAAGUGGGACACACUGCAGGACCUGUAUGAGGCUACGGGUGCGGACAGGAUAAAAUAUGUCAGGAGCAUGAGGAUGCAGACACCCCGUUAUCCUGGGAGUGCGAUGGCCGCCUUGAUUAACUACAUUCAACGCAGAGACCAGGACGGGGUAGCUGCUGUGGCCAGGCCCGCCGCAGCCAGCACCACCCGGCCCAAGAGUGCGGCUACGUAAGUGUUACAUAUCAUCUUAAAGGAAAAUAUAAUUCUACUUGUUCCACACAGUUGGAAACGCUGACAUAUUUGCUAUGUUUUGUUUUCAAUGGCCUCUUGGUCCUGCGAUCUCCGCGUUCCUUUCAAGGCGCUCUC